AUGGAUUCAGGAAAUAGUGGUAGUAUGCAAUCUUCAAGCUGUGGUGAUGAAAUUGAAGAGUAUGAUUCAUCAAGACCUGAAUCGGAUCAGUUGUCGAUGUUUCUGAACAAUCAAUUAUUACCUUCAACAACAACAACAACAACAACAACAAGAUCAAUAAGUCAUUUUCUAAACCCACCACCACAAUCUUCAUCUUUACAACAACAAAUGUUUGAUCCAUUAGCAAAUUAUUACAUGGAUUCAUUACAAAAAUCAACACCAUCAAACCAAAACUCAUUUCUAAAUCUUGAUAUGAUGUGGUCUAAAGGUGCUACAGGUAGAUCUGAACAAAACAACAAUGAUCUUAGCAACUUAAUGAUACCAUCAUCAUCUUCUCAUCAAAAUCAACAAGCUUUUUUGUUGAGUCAAGUGGUUGGUGAAACAAGAGAAAACAUUAACGUUGUUGGUGGUUCUGUUCCUACCACACACCAUUCUCAGCCAUUAGAUCAUCAUCAUCAUCGUCAACAACGUGGAACAUCCCUUACCAAUGAUCAACAAAAUCUUCAAAACAUCAACAAUAGCAAUAUGGGUAGAAAUAAUAAUCCUAAGAAAAGAUCAAGAGCUUCAAGACGUGCACCAACAACAGUUUUAACAACAGAUACAACGAAUUUCAGAGCUAUGGUUCAAGAAUUUACUGGUAUACCAGCACAACCAUUUUCUUCACCUUUUCCAAGAACAAGAUUGGAUCUUUUUGGUUCUUCAAGAUCAUCUUUUUCAUCAUCUCAUAUGGAUUCUCUACCGCCACCGCCGCCACUCCAACCACCUUAUCUUCUUCGGCCUUUUGCUCAGAAAAUUCACUCUUUUCCACCUUCUUCAUCCAUGGUGGAAAAUUUGCUAGUGUCUAAUAAUAAUUCAACUACCAUUAACUACCAUUUAUCUCAGCAGCAUCAGAAUCAGCAGAGUCAUCAUCCUGUAAUGCAACACAACCAAAUUCUCGGUUUUCAAUCAAUUUCUGAAACAGCAACAACAAAAUAUCCAAUUGGGUCCCACCAACAACAAACCUCCUUGGAAAUCUCGCCCAAUGUUGAUUCUCAUAUCAAAAGGGGUUCUCUUUUUGAAGAAUUAUCUCAUCAUGUUAAUGUUAACAACACCAACAACAUUGGUAAUGUUCUUCAUCGUCAGAACAUGGUUCCCACAUCGUCGUCGUCGGACGCGGUGGUCAACAAUAAUAUGGGUAGUUCUUCGUCGGGGAAUCAGUGGGGUACGAGUAGGAGAACGAAUAAUGGAGGAAAUCUUGGGUCUUUGAGUUGCAUUGAAGAAAGGAAUUGUACAUCAGAUUUUGGUAUAGAGAAAGGACAAGAAUGUGCUGUGGCUACAACAAGAGGUGAAGGUACGGUGGAAUCAUGGAUUAAUUGUUCUUCUUCUGAUUAA